AUGCGCCUUCUCAAUUGCCUCCCAGACGGCGGCUUCGGGCUAACCUCUUAUGACGAUGACUCCAUUCCGCCAUACGCCAUCCUCUCGCACACCUGGACAGAGGGCCAGGAAGUCACAUACAAUGAGCUGUUGGCAGGAACGGACACGAAGAAGGACGGAUAUUCUAAGAUCCGCUUCUGUGGCGAGCGCGCUGCAAAAGAUGGCCUCAAAUACUUCUGGGUCGACACCUGCUGCAUCGACAAGUCUAGAAGCGAUGAGCUGAGCACAGCGAUUAACUCUAUGUUCCGCUGGUAUGAGCGCGCAACCAAGUGUUAUGUAUACUUAUCUGAUGUUUCUGUGCCGGAUGAAGUCAUUGACGCCCAAGCCUUCCGUAAAUCUUGGGAACAAUCCUUUCGGCGUAGCCGGUGGUUCUUGCGAGGCUGGACGCUUCAGGAGCUGCUCGCACCACCUAGCGUCGAAUUCUUCUCGCAGAACGGCAGGUGCCUGGGUACUAGAGUCUCGCUGGAGCAGGAGAUAUGUGGCAUCAGUGGCAUUCCCUCUGAGGCGUUACGAGAUGGAAAGCCGUCCGACUUUAGCGUAGACGAGCGGAUGAAAUGGGCGGCGAAGCGUAACACUACAGUGAAGGAAGACAAGAUAUACUGCUUAUUCGGGAUCUUUAGCGUCUUCUUGCCGCUUAUAUAUGGUGAAGGAGAGGAAUAUGCGACUUUACGGUUGAGGGAUGAGAUACAGAAGCGCCAGCAGGGACAGAAAAAACCAGAUCUACAGGACCUGCCUAUUUCCUCACCAUUACUAUUUCCCCGGAACGAGCUCUUUGUUGGCCGAGAAAGCCAGAUGCAGGCGAUCGAACGAACCCUCCUCUCACCCAAUACCCACCAACGCAUGACGAUAUACGGACUGGGGGGCUGUGGCAAAUCAGCACUUGCACUUGAGUUUGCAUAUCGCGCACUAGCAAGAUAUACAAGACGUUUGGUCUUUUGGGUGCCCGCCAUGAGCCAAGAAAGCUUCGACCUUGCCUUCCGAGAGAUCGGCACCCGCCUCCACAUACCGGGAGUGAAUGAUGACGAUGCGAAUGUCAAGCAGCUAGUAAAGCAGGCAUUAAGCACAAGUCUUUCGGAUGACUGGCUAAUGAUUGUCGACAACGCCGACGAUCCAAGGAUAUUAUUCGAGUCUGACAGCAAUGCACAGUCAACUCGAUUAAUCGACUACAUCCCACACAGUCAUACAGGUUCGGUCCUUUUCACCACUCGCAGUAGGAAGGCGGCCACAGAACUGACACAGACUUACGUUCUUGGGCUAGAGGACAUGAACCAAAUUGAGGCUCGGCAGCUGCUUGCGCGACAAACAUUAAGACAAGCGCUGCUAACUGAUGAGGCAGCGGUCGAUGAAUUACUUAACUUGCUUACAGGUCUGCCGCUUGCUAUCGUGCAGGCAGCCGCUUUUAUAAACGAAAAUGAUAUAUCUAUAUCUGAAUAUGUGUCGUUAUUGCAGCACACUGGCACGAAAGCCGAGCUCUUUAGCGAGCGUUUCGAAGACCCUAGCCGAUACCAAGGGAUGGAUAGCACGGUUGCAAAGACGUGGUAUAUCUCCUUUGAGCAAAUCCAAAGGCAAGACCCUCUUGCAGCAGAGUACCUUUCGUUUAUAUCAUGUAUCGAUCGUAUCAACAUCCCUCAAUCGCUCUUGCCGCCAGGAACAUCUCAACUACAGCAUAUCAAAGCGCUUGGAACCCUAACAGGAUACGCAUUUCUUACUAAGCGUCAGCAGACUGUUCCAGGAUCUAACCAGGAGAAGUUUUUUGAUAUGCAUCGGCUUGUGCAUAUGGCGUUGAGGUGGUGGCUAGAGGGACAUGGUCAACGUAAAACCUGGGCAGGCAGAGCAGCGGCCCGGGUCAAGGAACUCGUACCGUAUGGCGGAUAUGGAGGAAGAGAAAUAUGGGUGGCGUACCUCCCUCACGCACUGCAUGUAGUAGAACUGAAGGAUGCAUUAGAUAGUGCGACUCUUGCUGAGCUUCUAGCACGAAUAGGGCGAUGUCAAGAAAGCAGUGGUCAAUAUGCUGCUGCAGAGCUGGCGCACAGACAAGUAUGGUCCUUGAGGAAGGGUCUGCUUGGGCGAGAGCAUCCCGACACGCUGAUGAGCAUGAGCAAUCUGGCGUGGACGCUGAAGAGACUGGGAAGGUACGAAGAGGCGGAAUUGAUGCAUCGUCAAGCGCUGGAAGGCUCAGAGAAGGUGCUUGGGCGAGACCAUCCUGACACGCUGACGAGCAUGAGCAAUCUCGCGUUAGCGCUGGCGUGGCCGGGAAAGUAUAAUGAAUCGGAGGUGAUGUGUCGUCAAGUGCUAGAACGAAAAGAGAAUGUGCUUGGACGAGAGCAUCCUGAAACACUUGCUAGCGUUGUCCACCUCGGGUCAGUGCUGUCAAGGCAGGAGAAGUAUGAAGAAGCGGAGUUAAUGCAUCGUCGAGCGUUGGAAGCAUAUAAGAAGGUACUUGGGCGAGAGCAUCCCGACACGCUCGCUAGUAUAAGCCUGUUUGGAUUCAUGCUGGAGCAUCAGGGAAAGUAUAAAGAGGCGGAGGUGAUGUGCCGUGAGGUGCUAGAAGGAAGAGAGACGAUUCUUGGGCAAGAUCACCCUGAUACCCUCCCUAGCCUACACCAGCUUGCGUCGGUGCUGGAGAGCCAGCAAAGAUACGAAGAGGCGGAGGCGAUGCAUCGACGAGCGCUAGAAGGAUAUGAGAAGGUGCUUGGGGGAGAGCAUCCUGACACGCUUACCAGUAUCAGCAACCUUGGGUCGAUACUAGAGAGGCAGAGAAAGUACAAAGAGGCGGAGGCGAUGGAGCGUCAAGCACUAGAAGGAAGAGAGAAAGUGCUGGGGCGAGAGCAUCCCGACACGCUCACUAGCCAAAGAUACAAAGAGGCAGAGGCAAUGAAUCAACGAGCGCUGGAAGGUUAUGAGAAGGUGCUUGGCCGAGAGCAUCCCCACACGCUUGCCAGCGUUAGCCAGCUUGGAUCGGUGCUGGAGAGGCAGGGAAUGUACAAAGAGGCGGAGGCGAUGCAUCGACGAGCGCUAGAAGGAUAUGAGAAGGUGCUUGGCCGAGAGCAUCCCGACACGCUCACCGGCGUAUACUACCUUGCUCAUCACCUUGCCGCACAGCAUCGUAUCAGCGAGUCAUUGUUAUUGUACCAGAGGGCAUGCGCUGGGUACUCCGCUACCCUUGGGAACAACCACCCAACCACGCGGGCUUGUCGUGAACACUAUUCUGAAUUGUGCGAGUUGGAAGAGCAACAGAACAAGCUUACAUUCCUUCCUCUAUCAACUCGGGACACAGCAAUGUCCACCCAGAAGGUGGCAAGGUUAUCACGUGGGCUGGCAAGACUAGGCAUUCGUCGCAAGGCCUCUUAA